AUGCCCGAACAAUGUCCCGUCGAUCAUGAGAGUCGAGCCAAGUGGUUGCAAGCAGCGCAAGCCGAACAAAAGCCCACCCCCGUCUCACCAACCGAUGCCAUUCGACUGCUCCAUCGGCAUGGCGCCACGAAAUACUCCCUCGAUACCGGCAAAUGGGAGAUUGAUACCUCCAGGGUCGUGGUGAGGCCUUCACCAAGUCAUCUCAACGCAGAGCGCGAAAUCUCCACCAUCCCUCGAGCGGCUGGUGAUCCCUCAACCCAAAACUCCGCCGAACGAGCGGCCAUCCCUCCGAACCGCGAACAAGACACUGGACAUGACAGAGACAGCGGCAAUUGGGUGUACCCCUCGCAAGAGAUGUUUUUCAACGCAAUGAAGCGCAAGGGUCAUGAUCCGCAGGCUGCCGACAUGGCGACCAUUGUGCCGAUUCAUAAUGCCGUCAACGAGCGCGCAUGGAGGGAGAUUCAAGCAUGGGAAGCUGGACGUGGCUCGGAGGCUUGUGGAGGCCCAAAGUUGGUCAGUUUCAGUGGUGAUAGCUCUAAACUGAGUCCACGAGCAAGAUGGAAUGUCUUGGUGGGAUAUCAGAAGCCCUUUGACCGCCACGACUGGGUGGUUGAUCGAUGCGGAAAGAGGGUGGACUACAUUAUCGAUUUCUACUCUGGCAAGAACGAUGGACAGCCUGGAGGGAAUUUGAGCUUCUACCUCGACGUUCGACCAAAGUUGAACAGCUGGGAGGGUGUGAAAAUGAGGAUGUUUGGAUGA